CCCGCCGGAAGCGGCGCGGGUCCGUCCCCGGCAGGGUCCCCCUCGCCUCCCGGCAGCGGCGCGGCUGGCUUCGCCCCGCAGCCGGCGGCCUGGCUUCGCCCGCGGCGCCCCGCGCCCACUGGUGUCGCGGCCUGCCCAGGAGUGUCAUGUAACAACUUAAAAUUUUUAUGUGAAAACUGAAAAUGGCUUCAAGAGGAACAACAGAAACCAGUAAGCUAAAGCAAAACUUGGAAGAGCAGUUGGACAGGUUAAUGCAGCAGCUUCAAGAUUUGGAAGAAUGCAGAGAGGAACUAGAUGCAGAUGAGUAUGAAGAGACCAAAAAAGAAACUCUAGAACAGCUGAGUGAGAUCAAUGACUCACUGCAGAAAAUUAUGUCUGGAGAUAUGACUUUGGUGGAUGAGCUCAGCGGGAUGCAGCUGGCAAUACAAGCAGCCAUCAGCCAAGCAUUUAAAACUCCAGAAGUAAUUAGAAUGUUUGCAAAGAAACAACCAAGGCAAUUAAGGACAAGGUUGGCAGAGAUGGACCGAGACCUAAUGGUUGGGAAGUUGGGACGGGACCUCUACACACAGCAGAAAGUGGAAAUCCUGACUGCCCUUAGGAAGCUUGGUGAGAAGCUGACUCCAGAUGAUGAGACUUUCUUGUCAGCAAAUGCUGGUGCAGCCCUGAGCCAGUUUGAGAGAGUCUCCACUGACCUUGGAUCAGGAGACAAAGUCUUUGCUCUAGCAAGUUUUGAAGUAGAAAAGGCAAAGCAAUGAAGAGGUGGAGGAGAAAAGCUUGACAUUUCCUUGUGAGGAAAUGGUUUGUCUGAAACUAGAAGCAUAAAUCCCAGGUUCUUCUACACAGUGUAGCUGCACGGAGACAUCUGUUCAGGUCACCUUACUGCUUCUGAGCCAUGUAAAAAAGUAAUUUCCCUCUAUUUCUAUACAAAAAAUUCAAACACUGGACAGUUUUCAGUCCUUUUUUCAAAUGUGAGUUGGCACUUCUUUUCUUCAAAAGUGGAGGAAGUGUUGUGAAGUAUCAUUGGUGAAUGGAGCAUUUGGCUGUGAGUGAAUUGUCAUGUACUAUUAUUAUGUGGUACCCCCCAGGGAAAGUGUGACUUUGGAAAUCUGAUGGGCUCGAGAGUCACAGAUACAGUUGGUUCCCCUUUGUAUAAGAUGGGGCAGAUAUGUAGCAAGAGAGGAGAGGUACUAUUUUGCUACUUAAACUCUACAUAUAAACUGAUUUUUCUAAGGGAUAAAUUUAUUUUUCCUUAAAUGAGAGCAAAGUACAAUAAGCAAUAAGUACAUUAAAAGGAGGAUAAGCAGAGAUCUGUACCUGUGUUGCUAAGGUGCUGGGUAUAUCUUCAGGGUAGGCAGAUCUUGUGCUGUUUUUAGUGAUCAUGUAUUUUUGUUGGUAUGCCUAUCUAAGCUCUAGGCAUAAUUCUGAAAUGGUAGCCCUUUGUUCAGACUUUUUAGCUGUUUUGGUAAAAGCAACCUCCUAAAAACAUAAUGUUACAAGUCUGGAAAUUUUCUGUGGAUGCACUGGGAACCUUGAGAAACUAAAUGUUUUUCUGAAUAUUGUUAAGUUAAAUUUAUCUAUUUGCUACUGAUCUGUAAAAUGUGGUAAUAUCUGUAGCAGUAAGUCUGUUGCUGGAAAGGAAAGAGUGGUAUCAAUAUUGGAAGGAUCAGAAGAAUUCCUAGGAAAAAAUGAUCUUGUUUCCAUCUUGUUUGUGCUUUGAGUUACAAAAAUCCAAAAAAGACAAGUACUGAAAGAGGAUGAAACUGAAUUCUUUUCAAGUUAGUAAUGAUACAGAAGCCAUUUUUUAAACCAGAUAUGCGGUCAAUUCAGUACCAGUUGGUGGUGGCAUGACAGCUUUUCGCAACAGUGGAGUUGGACUUGGGUUUGUCAGCAAUGAAGGCGACUCACUGUUUUGAGGAAUCCUAUGUUUAAUGUAGUGGAACACCACAGUGGCACCUACAGUACAUGCAUCUUAGCCUUUUUUACCCAGACAACAGCUUCAGUGGGAGCUGCCAUUAAACUGAGUGAGUGGAGUGGAAAUAUUGUCUUAAAUUUAGAUAGUCCACUGCAGUGUUAAUCUUAUUGCCAAAUAAUAAUCACUUAGAGGUCAAGUCUGUAACAUAGACUAUAAACAAAAAAUAAGUAUUAUCAGUCAUAAUUUAGAUUGCAUUUAUAGGGUAUAGAUACCCUGUAAAUAAACAAGUUUGUCCAAUUGCUAACUAGGACUGAAGUAGAAUAAACCAGAAAAUAUGUUUUGAGAAUGUAUUUUGCUUUAACAGUUAUCCUUUUGAAAUCUACUACUUUAGAAAGAAAAAGACAGUGUAGACAACACAAUUCAUGUAUUUCACAGAUGGAACUCCCCCCCCUUUUUUUAAGACGCUUUUAUUUAGACGGCAUUCUUUGUCCUUGAUAUUAGAACUAUUUUGCUGUCUGUGACAGUAUUAUUUUCUCUGACAAAGGCUGACUGCAGCUUUACAGCUUUACAGCUGAGAGGAGCUUAUUAAAAGGCAUUAUUAGUCUAAAAUUACUGAAAACAAAACAGUCAAUGGGGACUGUAGCUGCCUUCUUUUCCUUUCUGCUCAUUACUGGUGCUAAGUAACUCUUUUUCCACUUCCCAAACUGCUUGAAGCAUUAAUAUGUAAAUGAAAUCUCUCAGCACUCUCACAGAUCACAGUAAGUUACUGUACAAUAAUAUGGAAAUCUUUUUCCUUGCAGUUCUCAGGAGAAACUUUUUUUUCUUAUGGAUUUGCAAAUAUUUCUGGAUUUUUUUCAUGGUUUCUGUGCUGCAGACAUUUGAAAAAUUCAUAUUACAUUGAUCCUCAACUGAGUAUCUCUUUAAUGUUGUGCUCCUUCUGCUCUUGGAAAGAUCUCAUGUGAUUUACAUGGGCAAAUAUGGGACUGAAUCAACUGCCAAUAUUAUUGCAAGAUUCCGUAUGCCCGGCCAGACUUGCCUUCACAAAAUUUAUGAAAUGUCAGAAAGCAUUACUCUAAUCCAGAAUGCCCUAACUAUAAAUCUAAUUUUAAAAGGAAGCUGUUGCCAAUAUGGAGCUAUUUAUAUGUUGGCCCUAGCAAAUAGUUCUUUAAGCUAACUUACUUGAAGUGGUUAGGCUCAUUGCAGAGGCAUAGCAAAUUAACUGGUAUGCUGUGCUAAAGAUUUUGUCAAAUAAUCCUGGGAUGUACCUCCACCAGUAUCUCAAAUGUUUAUGCAGGAGCUGGAAAACAUCCACAUUCUAUUUAUUAUAAUAAUCAUUUGCUUGAAUAAAAACUGGCAACAAAAGAACAACUUUUUAGAUGAAAGCAUGGUUUUGUGGUUUACCCCACAAGCUUGUGAUGUUUGAGUUUCAUCAAUAGAAAGGUUCAGCAAUAGACCCAGGCAGAUCACUUAUUCUCUCUAUAUUUCUCUCUCCCAGAGUAAAAUACAGAUUAUGAUACUUGAAUAUCUAGUGUUAUGAAGUUGUCAUUGAUCAUACAUUGCUUUGAAGAUUAAAAGUACUUUGUAUUUUUGUUUAUCACUUCUGAAACAAGAAUUGUAAAGUACAGUAGCUUUAAACAUGUCAGCACAGUUGCCUAUAGUUCUGUUUGGCCAUAUAUAACCUCCCUUUUAAAAUCUUUUUCUCUCUGUAGGGUGAGUCUGCUGAUUGUAUUGAAGCAAAAGAAAAAAAUGUUAGGGAGAAAAUUGAAGCAUCAAGUGCUCUGUCUCUCUUCUGUCUUUGUCUCCUUGUAUUAUUUCUCUUUCGUCUUGAAUGGAAAAGUAGUAGGUCAUCUUUUUCUUAAAGGAAAAACACAAGACUUUUUGAAAAGACUCCUUAUUAGUUCAUCAUGUUACCUUAUCUGUUAAAAUCAAGUUCAGGUGGGUAGAGAAUUCUGUAUUAAUGAUACCCUACUGACCAGGCAUUUAAAACUGCAUCAUUAGUGGCUGAAAUUGUAGGCAAAUCAAAAUAUAACCAAUUAAUUUUCCUUCCAGUGUGGUCAUUCCCUUCCUGUAUACGGACAAGUGUAGUUUUUACAUUGUAAAGAACAAAAGCAAGAAGUCAUCCUGCAGGGAUUUUGUAGUUUCCCCACUUCCAUGGUUCUUUAAUUCAUCCUUGCUGAGUUCUGGUGAAGGCUUUUUCAUUGCAGGAAAUAAACUCUCGUUUCAUUUUGGUCUGCCUAGCUACCUAUGAGAGAGGAAUAGGAGUGCUUCUAUUUGAGUUUUUUCUUAGGAGUCAUGGAAAACAUGAUGCCUUGCUUUGAUACAAGUUUGGGUUUUUUUUUUUAACUUUACCUUAGUAGGGUUCUCAAGCCUAAGGGAAGGGGCAGAGUUACUGGGUUUUAUGUUGCCCAAGAUUUCUCUCCCAUGACUUUUAAACAGACGAGCUUCGCAGCUGAGUCAAAUGGGAGUGCUGAUGUUUAGAGCAUCUGAAGAUGGGGCCUAAAAGAUCUGACAGUAGAUAUCCAGGAUAAAUAAAAACUUUUCAGUAUAAGUAGUUUCUGAAAUGAGAUCUUAAAAGAGGAAAUACAAACUUAAAGCUAGUGGAUGUAAAUAUAUAUAUGGUAGUGCUGAAUCACACACUGAAAUUUCUACUCUGAUUUAACAAACUUCAGUGUAUUAAAGAUAUAUUUAAUAGUAGCAGAAUUUCUUUUCUUUCCAAGAUGAAGUUCUAAUCUUGGACACCUCUUUUCAUCUUGCUGUCGUAAUAGUGUGCUACUUGUUUAGAAUCCUGUUUUCAACAGGCCUCCAAAAAUGAGUGAGUAAUAAUUGCAGAUGCAUUGAAAACCCACAGUAAGAGCCAUCUGCAAAUUGUGUUGACAGAAGUGUCAAUGUCUGAGUAAAAAAAAUUUCUUCUGAUUGUCCAGCUAAUAUCCUUGUAAAAUGGAGACUGGAAUGAAGUUCUCUAAAGUUAGGUCAUUAUCACAUAAGAGUGUGUUCGUAACUUUGUAAAUACCAAAUUUACUCUGGAAACAGUUCUGUUUUCAGAUAAAACAUGCAGGUAAAAAGGUUUCUUGCUAUACAAACUAAGUUUGGAUUAACAAAGCCUUUUACAUUACAGGCCUUUUUUGUCCAUCCCUCUCAAAUCUGUCUCUGCAUACCUCCUCACGGCUCAGUCUGUACAAGCAUUAAAUAUGGCAACUAAGGUAGCUGAACUACUUCUUUAAUUUUCUAAUAUACUCUGUCUCACCUACACACUUACUGCUGGCUGCUAGACAGACUCUUCUGACCCUAUCAUAGCAUCCCAAACGUGGAAAAAGAAGAGUUGAUUGAAUGAUUUACCUUCAUUUAAUUUUCAGGAAGCACUAGACUGUUUCUGCAUCAGAAGAUGGUUUUGAGGGAAUUGUCAGACCAAAUCUGAAACGUAAAAUAUUAUCAAAAGAAAAGAUUUCAAAUUAAGAACAACUCCCUGAUUGGGUACCAUAGACAUCUUUGAGAGAAACCCAGUUUUCAUUUAUUGUUGCAUGUGGCUUAGUCAGAUGGAUAAUGAAAGCAGGGCUGUGUGUACAGAUGCUGUUGGAGGCCCUUAAUGAGGGGGAGAUGCCAACAAAGACAGAGGGACUUGGAGGUUGGAAGUACUGUGAAGGAAGCUUAAAUGAAUUUCAAAGCUGAUUAAGAAAGAACUGGAAAUCAGAAAAGGACAGUGGACUGAGAAUAUUUUUUUUUCUAAGACAAGCAAAGAGGAGAAAGUUGCAUGAAGUUUUGGCUUACUAGAACCAACAGCAACCUCAUUAAAAAGAGAGAGGUGAUUAGAAAUGAUAUUUAAAAAAAAAAAAAAAUCUAACAGAUGUAAUGGAUUCUUUUUAAUUAUAGCCAGUCUUUGUAUAACACUUGUCAAAGUUUUCCAGAUGACUUAACUUGUAAAUAAUUAAACUUCGUAACAUUC